CUUGGAUCGGACAUUUUCAAUUUUCUUCCCAACGAAUUUUCCCGACAAGACAUUUUCAUUUCCCUCACUUUCUUUUCAAAAUGGCAACACCCAUAUUCCUGGCUCUUAAUCUACCGAACCAACUCUUACACAUCCCUUAAAUCCUCAAUUGAUAAAGCAGCCAAGAAACUCGAAACCAUGAAAACCGACCAAAACCCAAACAAGUUAUCCAACAAAAAAUCCAAAACCAAGAAAAUCGACCGUGUCGAAUCCAGCUGUGACCUUUCUUUAUUCAAGUUCUAAUCUGGGCUGUCGUGGCCCUUGUUUUGAUCGUCGCUUUCGGGUUCUUGAAUUCGCUCUUCGAAGGGAAUUGUUAUGAAGAUGAGUCAUAGAGGGCUACAAGGGGAGCAUUCGACGAAUUGUUCGAUGGUGUUUCUGUAUUUGUUGUGUUCGAUUAGUGUCGGGACUAAUUUGCAGAAGUUUUUGGGGUAUUCGCCGCCACGAGGAGCUGCUGAUGCUGGGUUGUUCCCAUGACUAGUUGAUUCAAUUUUGGUUGAUCUUUGGAGGGGAUUUUAAGGAACCGGGUAUGUGAAAUUUUUUUUUUUUAAUUUUAGGUACAGUUUCUCUAAUGAGAAUCAUGAUUUAGUUAAUGGGCAUUUGCAAUUUUUUAUUUUUAUGUGAUAAUUAGCGACAAUAACUGGUAACAUAUUUGAAUUUUUGUUUACUAGAAGUAAAUUGCGAGUGAUUGAAUUCUUGAUUGAAUUAAAUGAUUUUAUAUGCAAAAAAAGUAGAGCCUUUACUGUCUGAUUGAACUUCUUAGCUCUAAUAACCUGUAGGUUCUGUCAUGCGUAGAUUGGAAUACUGCAUGCUUGAUUGUCAUCUUUCUCCAAUCUAUUGAGAAUGUUACAGUGAAAAGUUUGAAGUGGAUGUUCCUCCAGUUUUUUUAUUGAAACUUUCAUGGAUCCAAUGUCUGGCCCCCUCUUACCUUAAUCAUAUCAUGAUCUGGAGUACUUUGUGUGAACUGAUAUUAGAUCCACCAUACAUCCUUUGCUCAGAGAUUGGGCAUUAUGCGUAGAAAAUGCCCUUUUGUUUGGGAAUGAAGUAAAUCUCAUUGUGUUCUUUGUUCUUUUUACCUUCUAAUGUUCUCGCGAUUCUAUUGGAAGCUUGAAGGAGGAUGACCUCUAUCAUGUGUAGAACUUACUGCUUGCAAGAUAGAACUGAGGAAUACAUCAUACUUGAAAGCAAAAAAUACUUAUGAAUAGUCAUCGAACUUUGAAAAUAAGGUUUAGAUUUGGCAUGCGAAAAUUUGUGAAAUAAGCUGUUUUGUUUUAUACUUUGUUGGGUUUAGUCUACAAUAGUGCUAGUGUUGCAUACUGUAGAUAUAUUCACCCGAUUCUUCUCUGAGUUCAUUUAGUACUCUGGAAUUGGGUGCAAAUGGAUCCAAGCUAGGAUUUCUCCAUGAAAUUUUCCUACAAGCUACAAUUUUAUUUAUCGUAGUACGCAUGUGCUAGAGGCAUGGAUAAGUUCUGUGUAUAAAUGCACAAGAUGACGAUCCCAGAAGACCAGUUUAAGCAGCAUUGUGUAACUUUAGUGCAUUGGGGACACGAGGGGAAUAACUUUUAUUGCAUUCCAAAAUGGCAUCAGCGACUACAUUUAUGUGAUCAGAUAAGACUUGGAAUAUGUUAUAUCCUGGAUCUUGUUGUUUGAAUGCCAAGUAAAAUCAAUAUUUUGUCAACACAGAAAGGAACUUAUCCUUGUAAGAUAGGAUGCAUAUUGCAGCGAAAGGAACUUAUCACAUAGGCAGGCAAGCAGAAACCCAUGAUCCCAUGGAUUGACAUCUUCCAUGGGGUAUGUAUGAGUUAGUAUAAAUAAGAGGACACCGUUCCGGUUCCAGAAGCCUAUAUAUGUAGACCAGCUCUCAUACGAUCCUCUAAUGGAAUGAAAAUAUCAGACAUAAACUCACUGCUACCAAUCCAAAAUCAAUCCUUUUUCAUUGGCAAAUGCAUAUGCAUGCUCUUUUUUACUCAUAGCAACUGCAAAGAUGUUUGAUCCCUAAAGACAAAGACAUGCUCUACAUGAACAGAAGUUUUAAUAUAUUUUAUGAAUGAAUUCAAUUUAUUUUCACUUACAGAUGCUUAUAAAGGUUUUCCCUUGUUAACAUAUAAUACUAAUAAGAAAUCAAAUAAGAAGUAAAAUUCUAAUUUUUUAUAAAAAUAAUUUUGAAACCCAAAAAAAAAAAAAAUGGAAAAAGAGGUAAGUGCCUGCCCUAACCCAAAGUUCACUCAAUGAAGAGAACCCCAGAAACCGAAGAGCUCUAGUCUUCUAGAUCCUUCCAAAAUCCUAAUCUUUUAAAAUUUUUUAAAAAAAUUAGUUAACUAUUUUUCUUCGCCCCAAUUCCACCGGACGACCACAUUCUAGACGCUUCCUUUGACCCGGAACCCUCCAGAGAAACCCUUCCCUUUUCUCUUUGCUUUUUUAAAACUUUCCUUUCAAUAUUCAAAGACCCCCAGACACAGAAGCCAACCCUCUCUCUCAAUUUAAGCAAACCCUUUUUUUCUUCUUCUCUCGAUGGCAAAGUACGGCGAAGGCGACAAGCGUUGGAUCGUGGAAGAAAGAACCGAUGGUGCCAACGUCCACAACUGGCACUGGGCAGAAACCGAUUGUCUCCCGUGGUCUAAAACCUUCUUCAACAUAUCCCUUUCCAAUCUCACCAUCGUUGAUGGUGAAGGCAAUCUCCACAUCAAGACCAAGAAGGUCGAAAAGGUCGACGGCGAAGCCUACGUUAAUGUCCGGAAGGGUAAAAUUAUUCCCGGAUAUGAAAUCAGUUUAAGUUUGUCCUGGGAAGGCAAAGCCACAGAUGGAGAAGGAAAUACCCUGUUGAAAGUUGACGGUAACGUUGAGAUUCCGUAUAUUUCAGAUGAGAACGCUGACGAGGAUCCGGAAGUUAAGGUGACGGUUGAAGAUGAAGGACCCAUCGGGAAAACGUUGAAGGAAGCGAUGCUGGCCAAAGGUAAGCCUUUGGUUUUGGAGAAAGUGAGGGAUUAUGUUAGAGCUAUGGCCAAAGGUGGCCCCGCUAAAGAUGAACUAGAAGCCAAGAAAUUGUCCCCCAAAAAUAGUAGUAAUACUAGUAAUGCAGCUUUGGUGUCUAAAGAGAAAAUUGGAGUGGAGAAGGAAGCGAAGAAGGAUGUGAAAAAGGAAGGGAAAAAAGGGUUUAAGACAAUUACCUUGUCGGAGAAGUUUAGCUGUAGAGCUAAAGAUAUGUAUGAGAUUUUGAUGGAUGAGAAUAGAUGGAAAGGGUUUACUCAGAGUAAUGCUAGGAUAAGUAAAGAAGUUGGUGGGCAGUUUAGUAUUUUCGAUGGGUCAGUAACUGGGAGUAAUCUGGAGUUACAAGAAGGGAAGUUGAUUGUUCAGAGAUGGAGAUUCGGGAGUUGGCCUGAUGGGGUUGAGUCUACAGUAAGACUUGUUCUUGAUGAGCCUGAGCCUGGGGUUACUAUAAUCAAACUCACGCAUACAGAUGUUCCUGAAGAGGACAGAUAUGGGAAUGCGACUGUGAUGGAGACCACUGAGAGAGGAUGGAGGGAUCUCAUUUUCAAUAAGAUACGGGCAGUUUUUGGUUUUGGAAUAUGAUUUAUCUUAUUUCUAAAUAAUAAAAUAGUCUUUUUUUUUUAAUCUUUUCAAAUUGUUGAAUCUUAUCAAACUUGUUUCUUUCGGCCCUUUAAACUUAUGACCUUGACAAUGACGAAAAUGUUGUUUUACAAUAACUUUGUUUCUGGCAGUGUGCAUUGUGUCCCCUUGAGGACCUUUAUCCUUGGUGUAUAACUCUGGCACUUAGUUGGUACUAUUUUCUCUGGAUAGUAUGUGAUCAGGUUGAUGUAGUUUGAAUUUGAUUACUCAGCUCCUUUUUCUUAUUUGCGAGAUAUGUUUUCAAGCUAAUUACUAGUCCAGUUAAUGUAGUUUUUGGAUAACCCAUUUCUUUUGGAAGGAUUUGGAUUGGUAUUCAUUUUAAUAUCUGGAGCAUGGACCGUGGGGUGGUGAGUAUGUAGUUAGGUAUUCUCUUUGGUUGAUUAGUUUGAGAAUACAAUUAUAAGCAUGACCUUGUUUCUGCUGUUGUAGCGGCCAUGAUUAUAUAGGAGUUUGUUAUAUGGCAUUCGUUGUGCUUUUAAUGAAAUUUCUGUUAUGGUUAAUAUGUUUAAUUUUUCAAACUGAACCACUUUCUUAUUAUGCAAAUUAUGUUGGCACUUGGAAGAGUGUGAAGAAACAUAGUACGCCAUGUAAUAUAGAGCAUGCUUAGGUACGGGUACAACAAAGCAAUUAUGAGCUUUGAAGAGGAGAACGGUUUGGAUUGUUGUUUGUCUUAAAAUAUCUUGAUCCUUAAUGGGUAGUAUAUUGUAAUGGAGAUUGUUUCUUUGGAUGUAUAUUUGUUAAAGGCUUGUAAGUAAUGAGUAAAAGAUAGCUUCACAUACAGGGAGUAAUAUGUUUUUUAGUGCUAACAAUUGCGUGGGCCGUUGAAUGAACCUCAUCUAGAUGCUUUGAUGGGGUGAUCGACUAUAUAUAUUAGCGAAGCAUUCUUAUAGUGUUCAUACCAAGAUGAUAUCAUUAGUAAAGACAGAUUAAAGCAUCAAUUCGUACUACUAGUGUCAUUGUUAGCAUGUUUGCAUCAUUUCAUUUGUUUGAUGAGUAAAAAGCUGGUCAAAGUCCUAUGUGUUUUAGGGUUGGACAUUGAUUAAGUUCAUUUGGCUGUUGAAACUUCAAUUUCUGCCCUGUAUCGGGAUUGUUUUAUCAUUUUCCUUGUCCUCACCCUUCAGCCUUCUUAAGAAUUAUCCUUUGCACUCUCUUUGCGUUAUAUAAUUCUGCAUUAGCACAGGGUCGGAAAUUGUUUUAGAGCUCACAUGAUGAAAUCUUUUUCCUGUAAAAUUUGGCCAAGUUUGUAAUAAAGGUAUCUCUAGGCUGGACAUAACAUGAGUUCAUCCGGGGCAAAGACAUUCCAUUUAAUUUUAUUUUAAUUGAAAAUGUCAAAGCGCUUAUGCCGGGAAACAUGAUCCAAUCACUUUAUAGAUUGGUUUCUUUUGCAUGGUUCCUCUUUUCCAAGCCUUGAAAAUCUUCUAGAGAAAAGAAAAAGUAUUUUCUCCUUACCAAAUGUAAAAAGUUCAUGUCAUCUUCUUCAUUUGUUCUACUGCUAAAGUGUUAUCAUGAUCUGCAUGCAAAGGCACCCCCAAAUAAAUGAAUGUUCAAUCAGACAUUAAAAUCUCCUCUGUUUGAUGUCUUAAUUUAUGAGAAAUUAAUCUUCAUUUAGUUUUAGGUCAAUCUGAAAAGGGGGCCAUUGAUAACAAUUGAUAAUUUAGUCGCUCUUCAAUCUAUCAAGGGUGCAAUCGAUCUUGGAUAUAGUUGUUUUUCAUCUCCAAUAUUGAGUAAGGUUGUUUGUCAUAAUUUAGAAAAAGCAAAAGCAGAAUGAAAACUCCUGUUUCAUGUUUCGUAUGAUCAAUGGCAUGUAUCUAUAUAGAUCAUGUCGUGCAGUAAUUGUUUUCCUAAUAUACACCAUCCUGAAAAGAUAACUAGGUAAGCGACCCUAGCUUCUUCCUUUUUUUUUUUUUUUUCAAUAAAUUGCUGUUGGAACUUUAGCUCUUUAGUUCAUAGAUCAGGGAUCUACGGUGCUUCUAAUCACUCAAGAAGUCAAGGAACUUUAAUCCUUUGCUUAUGAAUUUUUUUAUUUCUAGGUACUUACUCCAAAAAAUAGUGAUACUGUUAGAUCAUGCUGUAAGGGCCAUAUACUCUUUAAAAAAAAAAAAGUUAAAAAAUUCGGAUCCAGAUGAUCAUGUCAUUCCAUGUUUUUGGAAGGCUAAGUUUCUUUAGAGGUGGGUUUCUACGGUAGUAGCAUCAGAUCCAUGGAUGUAGAAUUUUGCCUUUUUCUCCAUUUCUCUAGGUUUGGGUCUUGGGGGAUCUUCCACUUUGUAUAUUAGUAAUAGUUCUAGUUGCUUUUUGUUCUGUAAAGUUACACAACUUAUAUUGAGCUGUGAAACCAUGAUUAAAAAGUCC